CGCAGAGGCAAGCCCAGCAAGUAAGCCUGAAAGCGCCCUUCCCCCAUCCCUUUCCGGCUUACCUCUAACGCAGGCGCAUAGAGUGCUCCAAUAUGGCGGCCUCCUUUGAUCUGGAGUUGAAGAAGGCCUUCACAGAGCUUCAAGCCAAAGUUAUUGACACUCAACAGAAGAUGAAGCUUGCAGACAUACAGACUGAUCAGCUGAACAGAACGAAAAAGCACGCAUACCUCACGGACAAGGAGAUUAUGGCGCUGGUCGGUGAGACGAACAUGUAUGAAGGCGUAGGAAGGAUGUUUAUUCUACAGUCCAAGGAAGUAAUUCACAACCAGCUAUUAGAAAAACAGAAAACAGCGGAAGAGAAAAUAAAAGAGCUGGAGCAGAAGAAAUCCUACCUGGAGCGGAGCGUUAAGGAAGCUCAGGACAACAUCCGAGAGAUGCUGGUACGGCGCACACAGUAGGAGCUGCUGGGGAAGUUCUUCCUCCUCACCCCUCCAUCCUGUCAAGGCACAGACUGCAGGGCACUGGUCUCCCUCUGCCCAGUGGCCCCAUUUGCUCCAUCACCCCAAGCCCUUGCAGGUCCCACCUGUCUGCCACCCCUGCCCAGGACAGCUCUCAACAGAGGGAAGACUGGAGGGCAGGUAGAGAAACUGCAAGUCUGUCACUAGGCACGUGGGUUAGACAAUAAAGGCUACGUCUGUGACACCUGUCUUUCUCCUGUUGAGGAGGGAGAGGUGAGUGUCUUCCUCA